UGACCUAAUUAAUAUUCAUGAUAUAGACAUUCGCCGUAGUGGGAUUGGUAACAGGACAAACAUUUACCGUCACAUCCGCUUCUGCUGUUUAUAUCUGCUGAUCCAUGUGGACUGUCGUUUUGAGCGAUCUGAAAAAUAUAAACCCAUGCAAGGAUAUAUCGACUGUCACUGUCAUAUAUCAGCCGAGGAUUUUGACAGCGACAUUGAUGAUGUCAUUCAGGAGUCUAAAAAGGCUGGGCUUGUUGCCCUUCUGGCAGUAGCAGAGCAUGCUGGUGAAUUUGAGAAAAUUAUCCAGCUCUCACAAAGGUUCCCUGGAUUCGUUAUGCCAUGUCUUGGAGUUCAUCCUGUCCAAGAUCCAGCACAACCCAGAGGUGCCGUACCUGAGGAUUUAGAUGCAGCAUUACCACUGAUUGACAAAUACAAAGAGCACAUUGUGGCUAUUGGUGAGGUUGGCCUGGAUUUCACACCACGUGUGGUCAACAAUGAUGCUGGGAAAGACAGUCAGAGACAGGUGCUCAUUCGACAGACUGAAAUCGCAAAACGGUUAAAUCUGCCUCUGAAUGUGCACUCAAGAUCUGCUGGAAGACCAACCAUUCAUCUUCUGAAGGAGUUGGGUGUAGAGAACGCACUUCUUCAUGCAUUUGAUGGGAAACCUUCGGUGGCGAUGGAGGGUGUAAAAGCUGGUUAUUUUUUCUCAAUACCGCCAUCCAUUGUCAGAAGUGAUCAGAAGCAGAAGCUUGUAAAGCAGGUUCCUCUGGAGAGCAUGUGUUUAGAGACGGAUGCUCCUGCGCUCGGACCUGAAAAGCAGGUGAGGAAUGUACCUAGGAAUAUCAGCAUCAGUGCUGAAUAUAUUGCCAAAAUCAAAGGAGUUCCCGUGGAGAAGGUCAUAGAGAUCACUACCCAGAAUGCCCUGCACCUCUUCCCUAAAUUAAAAACAUUUAUCAAAGCUUGACAGUAAUAGGGCUUCUGCAAAGCUGCUUUUUUUUUUUUAUAAACAAACUUGUUUUGUUUAUCCAGAAAUUGGGAUUGAGAAGAAUCUGAAAAGUGUAAAGAUAAAUGCAUGAUCUGUGAUGGUUUGAAACAAAUAUUUUGGUCAGUGUUCCUUUAAAUUUUGCCCACAGUGUUUAAUAAAUAAUAUACUGACAAAUGUCAGCUUGUGUCUGAAAAAAGUAUCUGUUCUUAGAUAAAACAUUGCUUUUUAAAUACUUAAUAAUCAUGUCAUUGUGUCAUGCUUUAUGACAAAACGUGCUUAUAGACAAGCUAAUAUUUGUUCUAAAGUUUCUAUUCAUAUGUGACCUUGGACCACAAAACCAGUCUUAAGUCGCUGGGGUUCAUUUGUAGCAAUAGCCAAAAAUACAUUGUAUGGAUCAAAAUUAUUGAUUUUUCUUUUAUGGCAAAAAUCAUUAGGAUAUUAAGUAAAGAUCAUGUUCCAUGAAGAUAUUUUGUAAAAUUCCUACUGUAAAUGUAUGAAAACUUAAUUUUUGAUUAGUCAUAUACAUUAUUAAGAACAUUAUCUGAAGAACUUUAAAGGCAAUUCUCUCAAUAUUUAGAUUUUUUUGCACCCUCAGAAUCCUGAUUUUCAUAUCUUAGCCAAAUAUUGUCCUAUCCUAACAAACCAUACAUCAAUGGAAAGCUUAUAUAUUCAGCUUUCAUAUGAUGUAUAAAUCUCAAUUUUGAAAAAAUGACCCUUAUGACUGGUUUUGUGGUCCAGGGUCACAUAUAUUCAUGCAACCUGUGUAGAUUAAUAUAAUGAGCUAAAGCUAAAAUCACAUGUCAGUCCAUUGGGUCCUGGCACUGUAAGCAAUAAGCCACAUCAUCUGAGUACAUCUCCGUCUGAAUGGUGAUAUUACUGAAUCCAUAUUCUGUCUGGAGUAGUUUUGUCAUGUCCAUCAGCACAGUCUGUGGGUUGCUUUGCUCAUCUGGAAAAUAAAUCAUUAAUUUGGGUUGAACUACAUAGUAGGCUGACCAGACUUCUUUACUAUGUAUGAUUAAUAAACAGUAACAGUACA